AUGUCGUGCACCUGCCUACUCCAAACAUCGAACCGAGCCAUCUCGUCCACGUUUUCUGUGUCUCGCCUUGUGCUCAAAGCGGGCUUCUCCUCGCAAUCGAUCGUACGAGCGGCCGCGAAAGGUACAGGUGCUAAAGCAGCAACAACAGCAGCAGGUUCGUAGCUGAAAUUCCACCGUAAAUGUUUUGUGUUAGCUUUACUGAUGAUCCGUUGUGUUCUCUUGACGCAGCUUCUCCUGCAACACCAACACCAGCCGCAGCUGCAGGAACGGCUUCGCUCUCGUCGUGCCCGGCCGGCACCGUCUUGCCCGGAUUGAACUUUUCGAAAACGGGUUCGGACCCGAUCGCAAAGGUAAGAGCAGCGGAUUUCAAUAAUUCGACCCAAGUUCUGCUGCUGAGCCCCACGACUCGGCCCAACAGGAAGACUCCGAAUACCCCUCUUGGCUUUGGACGCUCCUUUCGCCUCGGAAAGCGCCCGCUUCCAUCAGUGGUUCACCCAAGGAUGUCGCGUUGUUCGACCAAAAGAGGAAGAUGAAGAUUUCGUCCAAGACGGCGAUCAGGGCCAGGAAUACUUUGACGGGGUAG